AGCUUAAGCAGCUGAAAAUCUCAUACCUUAUCUUCUUCACCCUCUCUCUCUCUCUCUCUCUCUGCGCCAUGGAGUAGUCGGCCGAGUGGUGGUGAAUUCUCAGCAGGAGGGAAUCCGAGAAGCACGUCAAAUGGCUUCUACUUCUAUUUGCUGGGCAGCGAAGAUUGAUGGUUGCUGUGAACGGUUCAAUGUGAUUCAGAAACCUUGCUUUCUCCUAGUAACCAGCCACUUGGACAGACGACUAAAGAUGGACAGACAAACAUGCCAAUUCCCAGCUUCCUUAGAAAAGCUGCCAUCAAAAGGAAAUCACUCCCACGCCCUACAAUUACAUGCCACCUUAAGGAGCCCGAAGGGCUUCGGACCCUCUCCGGAGAAAGCCAAAAAGACGAAGAAACCAAAUGGAGAAUACGAUGACAACGAGGACAAUGAAGAUAACGAAGAAGAGGACGCGAGAGACCAAGGCAUAAUACCCGAAGUAGUGACCAACAGGAUGAUGAACCGGAUGGGGUUCUCGGUCGGCGUCCCGCUCUUCAUUGGGCUCUUGUUCUUCCCGUUCUUCUACUACCUCAAGGUGGGGCUCAAGAUUGAUGUACCCACCUGGGUGCCCUUCAUUGUGUCCUUUUUCUUCUUUGGAUCAGCUCUCUUGGGUGUGAGCUAUGGCAUUGUGUCCUCUAGUUGGGACCCUCUCAGGGAAGGCUCUCUCUUGGGCUGGAAUGAGGCCCAGAAGAAUUGGCCUGUGUUUUGGCAGUCUCUUCGGGGAGGAGGUGGUAGGUCCGGGAAAAAGUAGGGGAGUUAGGGGUAGCUUUCUGGAGUCAAGGUCUUUUGCUUUGCUCCUCUUUUUGUGUGUAAUGUAAGUGUCACCGAGUAACUAUCCUGUUCUCAGUCUCUAGUCUCUUUCACAUGUUCUUUUUUUUUUAGGCCCAGUGCUUUCUUCUCUUCGAAAUCUUUUGGUUUCGACUGUGCUUUUUCCACAGAGUUGAUACCGAGAUGGAAACUGAGUAGCAAAUCUAAAGCGAUGCAGUAAUGCUUCAUUUAUGUGAAAA